AUGGAUACGAUAUUACCGAGUCCUCUCACUUUGAGAGUGAUUGCGUGUAUUGUAUCUGGCUCAAUAUUUGGAGUGUUGGCAAGAAAAGGUGUCAUGGCGCUCACUACUUAUGAGGGUGCCUUUUUAAGUGGAGUAGUUUGGGCAAACUUUGGUGCUUGUUUUAUUAUGGGAUUUCUUGUGAAAAGCUCCAAUAUCUGGGCUGAAUUAACUACCAAUGGUAAAUAUAGCACCAAAGGAGCUAUCCCUCUAUAUACUGGACUCACUACAGGAUUUUGUGGUACAUUUUCCUCCUUUUCAACAGUAAUACUUGAAGCAUUUCUUAAGUCUGCGAAUUUAGAAAUGGGAACUCACUACCAAUAUCCUAACGCUGGAUAUGGUGUAAUGGAUUUUUUAGCUGUAAUUUUUGUACAUAUGGGAACAGCUAUUAUUGCGUUUUACAUUGGGAAACAUAUAUGUGAGGCCCUUGAGAGCAGGUACAUUUCAUUACCACCCAAAGUGUAUAUCAUUCUUGAAAGCGUGGGGAUAUUUACUGGGAUUUCCGCGUACAUUAUAGUGAUAGUACUCACUGGCGUUAAAUCUAAUGCGUCUUGGCGUGCCUGGACAUUCUCUUGCAUAUUUGCUCCAUUUGGCGCUGUUCUUCGAUACUAUUUAUCUAAAAAGAAUCCUCUUUAUAAAAGUUUCCCAGUUGGUACUUUUGCAGCUAAUACAUUUGGAACAUUAGUUCUUUCUGUUCUAAAUUUAAUUCUGAGAGGGAAAACCAUUUCUGGAGAUGGACAACUUGUUUCUGACGUACUUUCUUGUCAAGUACUUUCAGGUAUCGAUGAUGGAUUUUGUGGAGGAUUAACUACUGUUAGUACAUUUAUCUCCGAAAUUGUUUCUUUACGAACUAUACAUGCAUAUAAAUAUGCCAUUACUUCAAUAAUAGUUAGCUAUUGCUUAGUUGUCCUCACCCUAGGAUCAUAUAACUGGAGUGUUGGAGUCACUGAUGCGGCCUGCUAA